CAGAGACGAAAAACGUAAACAAUGGCGUACAACUUUCUGGAUUCCUCGCCUUUUGCCGCGAUUCCCAUUGAAUUCUCCGACAAUGAGACUCCCUUCGAUCUCACCAUGGAGGACAAGUACCGCGAGUGCUGUCGCGUGUUCCAGAAAAAGUGCCGCGAGGUGCAGAAGGAAAAUGAGAGGCUCGUGACGAGAUUGUAUCGCAUGAAGAGAAUGUCAAAGCGAGCAGAAAAGGACGUGACACUCGUGAUGGGGCGCUUAGACAGACACAAUCCCGCUUGGAGACUUGAGCCCCCACCACCGCCUCUCUUUCCCCAGUCUGAGGACAUUAAUACGUCAAAGAAGAGGCGAAAAUCAGUCCGGAAGCCCACCGGGAAAAGCGGAAAGGCCAAGGAGGAACUCCAUGGCACCUUACCAACUGCCCAGACGUCCGGCCUAUCCGGAAAAGGUGAACCCAAGACCAGAAAGCGUGAUCCAAAUGCACCGAAGAAGCCUCCGAACGCCUUCUUCCAGUACUGCCAAGAGCAGAGAUCCAUUGUCCUGGACGAGAUCGCCACCAGGCUUCCGGGAGAGCCUGAGCCCAGCAAGCAGGAGCUGACCAGACAGCUGGCUCAGCGCUGGCGACAGAUGGGCAACUCUGACAAGCAGAUUUACGUGGACAGAUACGAGAACUCGAAGCGGAAGUACAACCAGGACAUGCUGUUCUACCGGAUGGACGCCCAGGGCGACGGCGCCGGACACUCAGGGGUGGGGAAGUAAAAGUCCAGCACAUCUAAAUGUCACAUUAAGUGUUGUAUUGUCUAUAUUUUGCCAUUAAAGAUCAAUUAAAACAUGCACUAUCAUUCAACAUUUUUACUCCAUACAAUCGAUAAUCCUGGCUUGCAUAAUAUUGUGACUUAUCCUCUGACUUAACGCGAAUCCGCCGAACUAAAACCACGCUCUUCUUCCUCUUCUUUUACCCGUUUUACACCCGACGCACGGCCAAACUAAAGGAAUAGGACGAGAAGACGAAAAACCAUCGACAAUCUUCUUAUUUUUCUUGCCUCUCUCUCUCUCUCUCUUUUGGAUGCGUUUUUCUGUCGAUAGUUUUUUUUCCUACACGAAAAUAUAACAAAUCUCUGAAUAAAAUAAAAUAAUAAAAACGCUCAAAUGUAACAAAAAAAAA